AUGGCACCUCACUACCCAAAACCCCUUCUAGACACCCUAUACUGCUUAGAAGACCACAAUCAUUGGGAAGAAGAAAAACCAAGAGAAGAAGAUGAAUACAGAAACACCACAAAAGAGAGAAACUUCUCCGAUGUGGUCCUUUCAGAACAAGACCUCUUUUGGGACAACGAGGAACUAGCUUCUCUCCUCUCCAAAGAAAACCUUAACAACCUUUCCAACUCUCUCCUAAACAUCCCCUCUUUGGCUUCAUCCCGCGGAGAAGCUGUGGAGUGGAUUCUCAAAGUGAAUGUUCAUCAUUCCUUUUCUGCCCUCACAGCUCUUCUGGCUGUUAACUACCUCGAUAGGUUCCUCUGCAGCUUCAGAUUCCAGAACGAGAAACCAUGGCUCACGCAACUCGUUGCAGUGGCGUGUCUCUCUCUAGCGGCUAAAGUUGAAGAGACCCACGUGCCCCUGUUCGUGGACCUCCAAGUGGGGGAGAGUAAAUACGUGUUUGAAGCGAAAACGAUUAGGAGAAUGGAAAUCUUGAUCCUUUCCACUCUUGGAUGGAAGAUGAAUCCGGUAACACCUCUCUCGUUUCUUGAUUUCAUCACGAGGAAACUUGGCUUAAAGGGUCAUCUCUGCUUGGAGUUUCUCAGAAGGUGUGAAACCGUUCUUCUCUCUGUCUUUGCAGAUUCAAGAUUUAUGAGUUUUCUACCUUCUGUGUUGGCAACUGCAACGAUGAUGCGUGUGGUGAGUGGUGUGGAGCCUGGUUUGGGAGAGGAAUACCACGAUCAGCUCUUGGGUAUUCUCGGAAUCGACAAGGAGAGCGUGAAAGAAUGCUACAAGCUGAUAAUGGAGGAUGUGUCAGGAAACGAUGAAGAGGGUAAACGACCCGAUUUGAAGAAACGCAAAUUGGAGUGCAUUCACUGUAGCCCAAACGACGUGAUGGAAGGGUCGUUUAGUUGUGAUAGUUCGUGUGAUUCUUGGGAGUUAGGUGCAUCCUCGAAGAAGAAAACUAGAAGUCAAGAUCAGCUUCUGUUGAACCAUUCAAACUCAGAUUUUCUCACCAUUCCUCGUUAA